AUGGUCGGUUUCCAAGGUUCCGUGAUGACGGCAUCGAAAAAUGGAUGCAACAGUGAACCGGGACCUGCAAAAGCUACGCUGAACUUCAACGUCGCUGAGAUUCGCUAUCUGAAACAGUCGUGGGAAAUGGCUUGUUCCACCAUGGAUGUCGGUUGUGAGCUAGUGGCACGUCUUCUGAACGACAACAGAACAAGAUUCCGAGAGCUUAUCGAAAGCCAUUCGGGCGAAAUACUUGGUGCUUCGAACAUCACCGCCGAUGAUGUGAAAAAAAUUCGACGGGCUCGAGCUGUUGGCGCCGGCGUCGUCCUGUUUUUCAAUCAG